GCGAGAGACUCUCGGGCGCCGGCACUGCGCAGCCUCCCACGCGGCUCGGGCCGGGCCUGCGCGGCGCCGGAGACCCGCAGCCCGGCUCCCGGAGCGGUCGCAUCCCCGGCCCGCGGCCUCUGGGGCGGCUCCUCUCAUCCUGGCACCGCCAUGGCGCUCAACAAUUUCCUCUUCGCGCAGUGCGUUUGCUACUUUCUGGCCUUCCUGUUCAGCUUCGUGGUGGUGGUGCCGUUGUCCGAGAACGGCCACGACUUUCGUGGCCGCUGCCUGCUCUUUACCGAGGGUAUGUGGCUGAGCGCCAACCUGACGAUGCAAGGGCGGGAGCGCUUCACGGUGCAGGAGUGGGGUCCGCCAGCUGCCUGCCGCUUCAGCCUGCUCGCCAGCCUCCUGUCGCUGCUGCUGGCCGCUGCGCACGCAUGGCGCACGCUCUUCUUCCUCUGCAAGGGACAUGAGGGCUCCUUCUUCCACGCCUUCCUGAACCUGCUGGUCAGUGCCUUUGUGGUUUUCCUGGUCUUCAUCGCCAGCACCAUCGUGAGUGUGGGCUUCACCAUGUGGUGUGACACCAUCACCGAGAAGGGCACUGCACCCCGCAGCUGCGAGAAGUUCCAGGAAAUGGACUUGGAACUGAAUGUGGACAACUCUGCCUUCUACCAUCAGUUUGCUAUCGCCCAGUUUGGACUGUGGGCCUCGUGGCUGGCCUGGCUGGCGAUCACCACCCUGGCUUUCCUGAAGGUUUAUCACAACUACCGCCAGGAAGACCUGUUGGACAGCCUGGUUCACGAGAAGGAGCUGCUGCUGGCGAGGCCAGCCUCCCGCACCUCCUUCCAGGGGGAGAAGAGUGCUGUCAUCUAGGCUUUGCAAGGAUGGCCCCCUUCCCCGAGGCUGGCACUGAGGGGUGGCCGGGGGCCCACCCAAGUUGGCCAGCGCGGCUCUGCAUGUGUGUCUCUUGGCCUUGCCCACCGUGAGUGGGGAACCUGUGUUCCCAUGGAGAGCCUGACAGUGAUGGCACAGAGACCCAGAGACUUGGAUGUGUGUGCCUUCUGGCUUCCUGGCCUGGCCUUGCUUGGUGUGAUCCAUACUCCUCUGGGUGAUCAUUUGCCAUAUAUGUGCACGUAUGUGAGCAUGUGUGUGGGUGGGAGUGUGCCUACAGAGCAGAGAUGAUGGCGAUAGAGUAGCAGCCUCUGUACCACCAAAGGCUCCCACACACCCAGGUCCCCACCCCCCCUGGAAGGGCCUGUCUUCCCACCCUACAGCAUCCUCAGCCGAGGUCCACAGCAAGCACUGCCCCGCCCCCCCAGACGGCAGCAGGUGGAGAGUCCUGGUAGGAAUGUGAGACCCUGGGCUGGGCUCUGCUCCCUGCUCUGGGGACAUCUGGGGCUGCUUGCUCAUGGCAUUCUCCUGCCUUGGAGGCUUUUGAGGUGGCAUGGCCCUCUGUGUUUCAGGGGUGAGGCCCCCACAAUGGAAGAGGCCCAGCCCAUCUGGAUCUUAGUGAGUGCAUUCAGUGUUCCUGGCCUUAGUCUGGAGUUGUGUUACAGCUCUGUCCUCUGUUUCCAGGCAACGUGAUGCAGGGUCCACCAGUGGCUGAUGUGUUUCCAGGUGGAAGGUACCAGCUUCCCAAAGCUGUGGACCCAGGGUUCUGUGAGAGGCCUAUUGGGGGGGCAGUCAGCGGGGCUAGCAAAGAAGGUCAGGGUGGUGAACAAGAGAGGGCCUAUCUAUCUGGAGAGGCCAGUGCCAGGCUGACCAGCACAGCAACCUUUUCUGAGGGCUUUGGCUGUGUCUGGCUGAGCUUAGCAGGGGAUCUGGGUGCUGGAGGAGGAGUAUUUUGAGGUCUCUGAACAGAUCUGGUUUCCAGACCCUCACAUCAGCCCUAAUCUACGGGACAUGGGAAAACUGUCUAGCCUUGAGACUCCCUUUGUCUCCCCAGGAUUGGCUCUCUCCACAUCUUCUGCCUCACAUCCCUACUAAGGCUGUAGCCAUCUAGGACCUGAAGGAAUAGGAACCAGGCUGCAGCCUCUGGGACCUAGGAUCUGCCUCAGGUAUGGGCCUGCCCUUGGCAGCUGCCGCUUGGGGAUUCUGGAGAGUUGGUCUGGGGGCCUGGUCCAGUCUGGAAAUCUUCAUUCACCUACAGAGGCCUGGUCUUGUUUCCCCGGUGCCAGUGUCCCAGGGACUCCUGGGUAAGGACCUCUGCCUAAGGGUACUGGCAAGACCUGUUGUCUGUAGCCAUGGGCAGGGGUGUCUGUCCAGGAAAAGUCUCAUGGGAUGGAUGGCAAGAGUCAGGCAGAGGCUGCAGAUUGGUACCCAGGUUGCCAGCAAGAUGCGGUUGCUCCUUUCUAGCUUGUCACAGGGCAGCCCUUGUUUCAGUCUUCCUGGUGAAGCUGACAGUGAGGAGUCCUAAGCCUCCAUGUGUCUGAUUCUCAAGCCAAAAUAAAAUAAAGACGAAACAUCUGA